AGGGGGGGAGACAGAGAGAGAAAACCGGUUGGACAGGUAAGACGCAGAGGCCGGACUGGGUCGGGUUUGUUGUCACCGUUAUAUUCAGACGCAUGCGCACUGUUACCUGUUUCCUCACGAAAUGUGUACCUGCGCUCUAAUCAGCCGCUGAAAUUCGCUUUGUCGUCCGUCGGUUGAGCAGUUUGGACUAUUUACCUGCCACAAACAUCACCUUCCUCCUUGACAAAGACACCUAGCUGUGUCUUAACCUAUCGGACUGAGUGUAUUUCCGAGCAAGACUUCGUGAACUCGGAGUAGCGGAAGACGGCGUAAGGUGUACGCAGAAGCGGGUGAACGUAGCUCCACGGAAACCUGCACAGGUAGACACAAAAAGUUUGGAGUAAAGAGGUGUCCGUAUUGAGCGAAGAGCUCGGCUUUGCUUUUCCAAACUGAGGAUAAGGCAAUUGAAAACACCAUCCAAGAAGGACAUUACGCUUAAUUUGUAUUGUGGAGCAGUUGUUCCAAAAGUAAGUCGGUGUUAAAAAGCCUGCCGUUUAAUUUUGAGGAGAUAGCGGGGAAGGACCUCGGGAACAGACCAUGCCACGAGCUUUUCUAGUGAAGAAAACGUGGAAUUCACUCGGCAAGAGAAACUGGAGCGAUCUACCGGAUCAUGAACGCGGAGACAUUUAUAUUCCAGUCUCCAUGUCUCCCGUUGCGCUCCGAGAGGAGACCGAAGCCAGUCCAGCAGAGGUGGCACUGUGCCUGUCCACUCGCAAGGACCACAGCAUAUACACGUACAACCAGAUGUACACCAAUGACCCCGGUGCAGUGGUUCCUGCCGCUGAGCUCCCAUCAUGCACUGCUCUAGGCCAGAGUCCAGAGACCGAGCACAUCCGAAGCACACACAACAAUACAUAUGAGCGCACUAAAAUAAAGGUCACCACAGGUGAGCUUCCCAAAGAGGUUCCAGCUAUUGUUCCUAGCGUAACUACCAGUACACCUGCUUCUAUAGCAACAUCUUGCUCCCCUCCUGCCGCUAAGUCGCCUUCAGUGCAGUUGAGUGGUGGUACUUAUGUUUGCCAGGUGUGUCAAAAAGUUUUCCAGUUCCAGCGCAUGCUAAACAGACACCUGAAAUGUCACAGCGAGCAGAAGAGACACCUGUGCGACUUUUGUGGAAAGGGCUUUAACGACACCUUUGAUCUCAAGAGGCACGUCCGCACACACACAGGUGUUCGUCCAUAUAAGUGCAAUCUCUGCGAGAAGGCCUUCACUCAGCGCUGCUCUCUGGAGUCACACAUGAAGAAGAUUCAUGGUGUCAUGCAGCAGUACGCUUACAAAGAGCGCCGCAGCAAGCUGUACGUCUGUGAAGAGUGCGGCCUUACGGCUUCUACCCAGGAUGCAUUGCUGCAUCACCUCCACACUAAACAUCCAAACAAUCUCCUCCUGCGGGCCAAGGGGGCACGAAGACUGUCACCAGUGGGGAAUGCUACUAAAGAUGACAUCUCCCAACCUGGUUCCCCUCUCUCUAAUAAUAGUGAUGAUACUGUAGGGUCAGGAGGGAGGUAGAGAGAGGGAUGUUUCUUAAACAAUAUUUUUGUGUAUAUAUUAAGGGAUGUCAUUAAUGUGCAUUCUGGUGAUUUUAUGUUUCAUUCAGAAUACAGACAAUAAGGGAAGAAGUCAUUUAAAAAGGGAAAGUAAAGUCAUGCAAAAUGCUGUUUAAAUGGUAGUGUGUUGAGAUUCAGCUUAGACUUUUGCUGCACAAUCGGGCUGUACUUUUCCCUGUGUAAUGCACAAAAGCAGCUGAUAACUUCUACAGCAUAAGUAUGCACUACUUCAGUUUACAUAAUAAUACUAUUAUUAUUAAAAUAGAUGUAAUGAAACACAACUCAGGAGAAAAACACAGAUGAAUGUGACAUUAAAUUGUUCCAUUUACAGUGUGUGUGACAAUGAUUUUAUGUAGCAAUGUUUCAACACUAAAAUAAUACUUUUGUGAACUCUGUGGCGACUGAUAGUUACAUAUCAGCAGUCUCUGAAUGUUUGAAAAAAGGGAUUUUGAAAAGGAAAUUAAUUUUUUGUUGUUGCUGUACUACUGUAUGUAAUAUAUACCUGCAUAAAUUUAUCAUAAAAGAUUUAUAUUUA